CAACUAAAUACACAACUUAGCUCGUCUUUCGCGAGGUAUAUAAUGUCACUUUGUACGCCUUGAGCAUACAUGAUAGCGCACAAGCAGACCCCACCACCACUAAAUUUCGAAUCAGGCGUCUACAAAUUCAUUGCAAACACGAAAACAAGUCUAAUUAUGAAUAAAGUUAAUAUUUUUAAGAAUAUUUGGCUAAAAAUACCCCGAUCAAGAACGAACAUCGAUCGACCUGGGGAAACUGCACCAAGUGACCAGUCAGAGAAUAAGCAUGGCCCACCACCGCCUGAAUAUACCGAUCUUCCAGUACAGGAUAACAAAAGAGAUGCUACACCUAAACGCGAGACACUCUAUCCAAUCAUGACCAGAUUCGCCAAGGAAAGCAGGGAAAUCCGAGACGGCCAACUCAUCUGGUCCCUCGUUGAAAUUAUAGCCGUCACAUUCUCUACUGAUUGUCGAAGACUUACAGCUGCCCUUGAAAAGAACGAUCCGAGUUGGGCUAGCAUCGCAGGCAUGGAAGACUCACCGUCCAUGACCAAUGAAACGGGCAGGAUCCUGCUUAAAGAAAUUUCCGCUCUUGUUCGAAGCUUCCAGAAGGAGAUGAGCCGUAAUCGCUGGCUCUUGAUACCUAAAAGGGAGAAAGAUCUCAUCGAAAAGAUCGUGUUAGAGCCCGUCAUCGACUUCAAUCUGAAUCUUGACUAUGUUCUUGAGCUUCUAGGCCGAUACGAUCGUGUCGAGGGAUGCCCGAGACCGGAGAGCACGCUAGUUGAUUGCUGGCUGUCAAGAUCGCCUAAGCUAGGUGAUACAAUAGCGUCACAUGCUUUAAUUAUUCGAAAUGUUCCGCUAGGGGAAAAUGUGCAUCAUGUACUGGAAGACUCCAUAAUCCGUUUCCAGAAGGAAAAUGGAUUAGAGGGGCUCUGUACUUCAACGGAAUUGCAGAAGGAAUCAAUGUUGUCAGUAGCGACGAUGUGCUGCUGGCCUCUGAGCGAUGAGUACAUGGAUCUGGCUCAGGGAUUAAGGGUCAUGGAGAGAGAUGGUGUGAUGAACGAUCCUUUCGAGCUUAGUCGAGCAAGAUUGAGAGAAGCGCGAGAUUUUCGUAAGAACUGGGAAUGAAAAGUAGGCGAUAUUGAAUCUCAUUAUUGUACUAGAAUGUAGAAGUAAGUGACUGGGUGGGAUAAGAUCUCCACGGGCGACUACCGGUGACCUUAACUGGUUUACGGAGCUUCAGCAAAGAUCCGCAUCAUGGUUGAUAGUCCCAGCAAUAAUGGUAAAC